CUUCAGACACCGUAACAAGUCGUUACAAUUUAGCGUGCGACAUGGUGAAGAACAGCCAGGAAGAUAUCCGCACGGGUCUGCAGCAGAGUUUUGGGGUAGAUAUAUUCAGUUCCGACAAGAAUCCCCUGCCAGACGACAAGGUUCCCCUACACCCGCAGAAGGAACCUCACAAAAGUCGGCCAAAACAAGAUGGCGGACGGGGCAGGCGCAACCCCCACGAAACGGCCAACUGGUUUUCCAAGCUUCUCUUUUGCUGGGCGAACGCGAUAGUGGUGAAAGGGUACAGACAGAGACUGGAGAACGAAGAUCUCUACCCACUGAGAGAGAAGGAUACCUCCCUGGUAGUUACCAACGAGUUCCGACCGUAUUGGGAGAGAGAACUAAAGAAGUCAACACCCGAGAAACCCCCAAGCUUAUCAAAAGCAAUCAUCAGAUGCUAUGGCUUGCGAUAUUUCCUGGUCGGAUUUGUAAAGCUUUUCGAUGAUGCCUUAACGUUGGUUAAGCCUAUUAUCAUCGGCUACAUCAUUAAGUACUUCGAGCCCAGUAGCGGCAUGACCCUGACCGAUGCCUACAUGUACGCUGGGAUUCUUGCUGGUCUGCAGGUUUUCCAAGUCAUCAUCGGCUACUACGAAUGGCCUGUCCACCUGUGGGCAUUUCAUUUUGAAACGGCGAUCAUGAAUAUGGCGAACGAAAAGUGUUUGCGAUUAAGCACGGGCGGCCUCUCAAAGACCUCAACGGGCCAAGUCAGCAACAUUCUUGCCGACGAUGUGCAAGCCUUCAAGAAGGCUUUUGAUAAACUCCAUAACCUGUGGGUUUCUCCUCUCACGAUUGUGGUCAUCACUUGGUAUCUCAUCAACUUCAUGGGCUUGUCUGCCCUAGCUGGGCUCGCCUACAUGUUUCUGACAAUAGCCAUCGAGGGUUCUAUGACGCCACUUCACAUCAAAUAUGGCACAUUAGAAAACUUUCGUAAAGACGCGCGUUUGGACGUGAUGAGUCAGAUUCUACAGUCGAUGAGAAUGAUCAAGCUACAAGCUUGGGAGAAACCUUUUAGUGACGUCAUCAACAAGCUGAGGAGGGUGGAACUAAGGAUAAUGGUGAAAGGUGACAUAGCGAAGGGAGUCAUCAAGCUGUUCAACUGGUUGGGCAUGGAUCCUACCAUUUUCAUCAUCAUAAUCACGUAUGUCCUCAUGGGAAACGUGUUGACAGCAGAGAAGGCGUUUGUGACGAAGAUGUUCUUGGAGCUACUGGAGAAACCUAUGCAUGGCUUUCCGGUGGCACUAGAGAGCCUAGCAGAAGUCAAGAUUGCAGUCACUCGACUCCAGACCUUUCUUGCAUUAAACGAGUACCAGCCGCCAAAUCCUGUCAUGGAUGCAUCUAGCAAAGACGUGUGCAAAAUGAGUCUUUCUUCUACUGAGGUGGUGGGCCCGAAGGGAGUCACUAAAACAACACUGACGAAUAUCAAGUUCGACGUCAAAGAAGGUGAACUGAUUGUUGUCAUAGGACCAACGGGCGCUGGAAAGUCCGCUUUAUUGUGCACGAUAAUGCGGGAGCUUCUGCGGGUGGAGGGUAGGGUGGACGUGCGAGGAACGCUCGCUUUCACCGCCCAGGAACCGUGGGCCUACCCCGACACCAUCAGGAACAACAUCGUGGACUUCGGGAAGCCAUUCGACCAAGACAAGUAUGACAGAGCGAUCAGCAUCAGCGAACUGGAAAAGGAUAUACAGGGCAUGCCGUACGGGGAUAAGACGUUUGUCGGGGAUAGGGGAGUCACCCUGAGCGGGGGUCAGAAGGCGCGCCUCGGCCUGGCAAGAGCUGUGUAUGCUGACGCUGACAUUUAUUUGCUAGACGAUCCUCUUAGCGCGGUAGACGCGGCGGUUGGGAAAAAACUCUUCGACAAGUGCAUACUGGGAGCUCUGGGAAGUAAAGUCCGGAUUUUGGUGACACAUCAGCUCCAGUUUCUAAACAAAGCUGACAAGAUUCUGGUUCUUGAUAAGGGCAACCAGGUUGCUUUUGGAUCUCACGUAGAAGUCGUGGCGUCUGGAGCUGACUUCGCGGAACUCUUAGCAGGAGAAGGCGACCAUUCAGGGACCACAGAGGAUAAGAAAGGAUUGACAGAGAGCUUUUACGGCAGCAGGACCAGUGUAGCAGAAGACACGCUUUCGGAAGAAGAGUAUACCGACUUUGUGGAGGAAGAGAGAGUCGAAGGAAGCGUGAGUUGGCGGGUGUACGUCAAAUAUCUGACAUCAGGACCUCCACGCUGGUACCUGUUUAUGAUGGUGUUUGUUAUCAUUGCUUUUGAGGUGUCUUAUCUGUUCGAACAUUGGUGGGUAGCUCAUUGGGUGGACAGUAUCGCUCACUUGAACAAAACCCUCCCGAGCGGACAACCCCGGCCAGUCCCCGGGGCCAUCUCGCUCUAUCACUUGAAGGUGUACGCCGGCCUUGAGAGUCUAACGGUCCUUCUAUCCAUCAUGUCUACGGUACUGAUCAUUUACGCCACCUACCGAGCAUCAGUCAAUCUUCACAACAUGAUGUUCAACGCCGUUAUGCGGGCACCCAUCGGCUUUUUCGACAAGAACCCCGGUGGGAGGGUUCUAAACAGGUUUGCGGAUGACUUGCAUAAGGUGGAAGAGAACAUUCCAGAGGAACUACUAUUCAGCACCGAGGGUUUGCUCGCUGCCAUUGGAGCUGUAGUGAUGAUUUGCAUCGGCAAUCCCUUGGCAAUCCCGCCAACAUGCCUGCUAGUUCUCGGCUUCGCUUCCAUGUACACCUACUACAUGCCGACUGUGCGACAUCUGGCGAGACUGAAAGCAACAAACGCCAGCCCCAUCUAUACGCACGUGUCGGCAGUCAUGGAGGGACUGUGGACGAUCAGAGCUCUGUCAGCUCAAGAGAACUUCAAGAGGCGGUUCAGAGAUAUUGUCGAUCAGCACAGUGAGGCUGAAUUCCUCGACAUCGCGACCAAGGCCUGGUAUAAGGUCAGAGUCAAGGUCCUGGACGCCACCUUCAACACCUUUAUCACAUUCAUGUGUAUAUUCUCAUCAGAGAGUCUUGGUGCUGGAAGCGUGGGUCUCUCUCUGGCGUAUGCGCUUCUCAUGUCCGAGCACGCUGAAUAUAUUGUGGAGGCCAUUAAAGAAUUGGAAAGCGCCAUGAUCAAUGCCGAAAGGGUGAUAGAAUACGCCGAGCUAACGCCUGAAGCACCGUGGGAGACCGACCACAAACCCCCGCCGGACUGGCCGGCAUACGGCGCCAUAGAUCUGAAAGGAGUCUACCUUUCCUACGGCGAGCAGGAGCCCUCCGUUCUAAAGAACGUCAACCUGAACAUAGUCGGGGGUGAGAAGGUUGGCAUCGUUGGUCGUACCGGCGCGGGGAAAAGUUCCCUGCUGAUGAUGCUGAUGAGGCUGGUAGAACCGACAGGCAGUAUCCGGAUAGACGGGGUGGACAUCCGUAAACUGGGACUGCACGAUCUCAGGAAGAAGAUCUCCGUCAUUCAACAAGAUCCCAUCAUGAUCCAGGGGACCGUAAGGAAAAAUCUUGAUCCCUUGGACAUGCACUCUGAUAAUGCAUUGUGGACAUCCCUGGACGAGGUUUACAUGACUGAAGACAUCCAGAAGCUUCCGAAAGGCCUGGACACGCCGAUAGGGGAGAGAGGCGGAAGUCUGAGCGUGGGGCAGAAGCAGCUCCUGUGUCUGGCGCGGACCAUUCUGUACUACAACCGCAUCCUGCUGUUUGACGAGGCGACAGCCAACAUCGAUCUCAGAACGGACCGGCUGAUCCAGACGACUAUCAGAGAACGCUUCAAACACUGCACCGUGCUGACCAUCGCACACAGACUCCACACCGUCAUGGACUCAGACAGAAUUUUGGUGAUGGAUGAAGGUCGUGUAGCAGAAUUUGACGAGCCACACCUUCUGUUGACGGAGUACCCGGAUAGCAUCUUCAGCAAGUUGGUGUCUGAAACUGGGGAGUCUAUGGAACGCGAGCUGAGGAAAGCUGCACACCAGAGUUAUUUACAAAAGCAGGAACAGAAGAAAUCACAGUAACAGUCCAACAAGCUAACCACCAGGAUCAAUGCAUCGCAUGAUAGACAUAGAUAGUGCAACUAAUAGUGCAACGUUAUGUUUUGCUUUUGCUAAUCCCCAAAUAUGCCAAUAAUUUUAGGAUAUUAAUUCUCAGACAAAAGAGUAUGUAAGGCAUCCAAUGCGAUAACACACAAUAAAACAGUGUAUAUUGACGGAACAUUAGGUGUUUAUGUAUAUGUGUAAAUGGUUUAUUUGCAAAUUGACAUAAAACUAAAACAGCAAAGACACAAAAUAUCAUUAAUAUUUACAAACAUAACCAAACUAAAUAACAGGAGUAUAUACAAUUGGUAGUAAUAAUAAUAAUAAUUGUUUGUUGAUUGAUUGAUCGAUAAGUACAAUCGCUAGCACGUGGCAGAGCAACUAAAAAAGUAGCUCUGAAUUUCAUGCUAGUGUUUAAAAAAAGAGAGACAAAUAUUGCACAGUUACGAGUAACAAAUA